UCUGGACCACAGAGUGAGACCCUGUGUCUAAAAAAGAAAAAAAAAAAGUAUUCCUUAUUUUCUUCUUCUCUGGAAGAGUUUAUGUAAAUUGAUGUUAUUUGUUUCUUAAACAUUUGGGUGACAACUCUUUUGAUGAAAUGCUUUAGAACUAGUGUUGUGGGCCAUGUUUUGGAAAACAGUGGUCUAGAGCAUGACUUACAUAUAAAAUUGCAGUUCCUGUCAGUGUGAAUGCUCUUGUUUUUAUCCAUUUCCUCCCUUAUGCAGCACUGGCCACUUCACCUUUCCUUUCCAGCUGUGUGGGGCUCAGCUAAGUGACCCCACAGGAUAGCAGUGAGGCCACUUGAGGCCUGAGCCUGGUCCUCGGGACUUGACAAUCUCUCCCUGCCACCAGGCGUCCUGCCCCAACCGCGCUCAGCCAUCUCCACACUCCUCUGACAGAAUGAACGCCCUGGACGGUGUUCCCUUCAAGGUGCCCAAGGGCUUUGUGAUAGACACAGAACCUCUCCCUGGGCCAGAGCUCAGCGUCCCGGCCUGCAGGGAGCUUCUGCUGGGUUCUAUGCAUGACUUCAGCCUGGAGAGGAGGGCGCUCUUCUGGGUGGAGGCCGCCGUCUGGGGAUCCUGCCCGUACCAGUGCGUUGACCCGGGGACCGCAUCAGCCCCUCCGGCCUGGUUCUUGCUGGUCAGCCCCGAAUGCAGACUGGCGCCUGCGCCUGACGCAACCAAAGACCCAGAGGCUGGACCCCAGGAGUGGCCCGAGCAGGACGAGGAGGACGGGGAAGAAGCCUCCUCCGCCAGCGAGGAAGAGCCGGGCCCCUGCGACCCCCAGCCCGGCUCCCCGGCGAGCCCCGGGCCCCGCCAUCGCCUGGGCUCGCUGGACGUGCUGCGCGGCCUGAGGUCGGAGCUGGCCGGGGCGCGGCGGCGGCUCUCCGAGGGCAGGCUGGCCGCUCGCCCCCGCGCCCUGCUGCACCGCUUCCGCGGCCACCGGGCGCUGAGCCUGUGCGCCGGCCCCCUGCCACCCCCGGGGUCCGCGUCCCAGCUCCCCAGCGCCUCCGAGCCGGCCCCGCGGCCAUCCACGGCCGGCGCCGCGCCCCCGCUGCGGAGCCACGAGCCCACAGUCGCGUCCCUGAGCCCGUACACCAGCCUGCCGCCUCCUGGGGAGGCACCCCAGCCUCUCAACACGCACAGAUCACACCCUGAUGCUGCGGCUGACCUGCUGUCCGCCCUGAGCCAGGAGGAGCAAGACCUCAUCGGGCCAGUGGUCGCCCUGGGAUACCCCCUGCGAAGGGCCAUUGUGGCUCUGCAGAAGACAGGGAGGCAGAGCUUGGGCCAGUUCCUCAGCUACCUCAGCGCCUGCGACCGGCUGCUGCGGCAGGGCUAUGAGGAAGGCCUGGUGGAGGAGGCCAUGGAGAUGUUCCAGUUCUCCGAGAGCCAGGCAGGGGAGUUCCUGCGCCUCUGGGAACAGUUCAGCGACAUGGGCUUCCAGCAGGACCGGAUCAAGGAGGUGCUGCUGGUCCAUGGCAACCGCCGAGAGCAAGCCCUGGAGGAGCUGGUGGCCUGCGCGCAGUGACCGCUGGGCACUCUCGUCCAGGGCCAGGCCUGGCAAUCCAUCCUAACUGCAUUAUUAAACCAAGUAAGAAUAACAGAGCGAUGCAUGGUUCCUCAGUAUGAAAACACAAACAAUGCCAAGGGGGAGUAAACACCAAAAGAAUCAGCUGGAAAGAGUUGAAGGUGUUGCCUCUUGGGGGGGGGGGCAGAUGGGAGAGCAGGGCAAGGAACUGUGUUUUUCAUACAAGCCUUGUAAAACUAUCUGUAUUUGACUCUUAAACCGUAUGCAUUAGUAACUUUGAUGUUAAGAAAAUUAAAAUGACUAAAUGAUGGACCGCUAUUGUGAGUCCUGCUGGA